AUUGGUCGACUCCGGCUGCCUGGAAAAUGGAGGGCCUUUCACGCUAAUGUGCAAGAACAACACUAAUGUUCACAGAGUGCGCUCUUAAUAUCCAUAAUAAUCAACCAGUUCAAACAAUAGGUAUCACAGAGAAGGUGAGGCCAGCAGUUAGAAAAUGGGGAAGAACAGAGGUAAGGCAGCAAAGAAAAGUGGUGCAGCAGGAAAUUCAUCAUUACUUUCUGCACCUGUUUCAACUUCACAUGAAUUUGAGGGCUUGGCGGGCUUUGAGGAAAUUACAUCAUGUACACUUAUGAAAUUAUCCAAGCGGGGACCAGUGAAGAAAGAAGUUUGGGAAGAUGGAAAAAUUGUCAAGAAGAAAAACAAGAAAGUGGCAGAAGUGAAAGAAUUGAAUAUUGAAUCUGAAUUGGGUAGCCAAACUAAAAAGGAAAAGAAGAAGAAGAAAAAGAAAAAGAAAAAGAAGGCUUCAGAUUUGGGCGAUAAAGAAACUGACCAAAAUGAAUGUAUGAAUGAAAUUCCAAGUGAAGAGAAUAUUGAGAACCUUCCAGACCAGGAGGUUGGACUUUCAGCAGUUAAGAAAAAUAAAAGAAAAAAGCAGCAUAAGACAGGAUUGGAAGGUACUCCAGCUAAGAAAGCACGCUAUGACAGUGCCACAUUCCAUGGGGGAAAAAAAGGUACUAUACAGAAAGUGGAUGUGUCUGCCUGGGAGAAAGUCUUCGUUCCCCCACCUGUGUUGCAAGCCCUGGCUGAAUUAGGCUUCAGCCAACCCACAGAGAUUCAGAAACUUGUGCUCCCUGCUGCAAUCAAAGGUCGCAUGGAUAUCAUUGGAGCUGCUGAGACUGGGAGUGGGAAAACUCUCGCUUUUGGAAUUCCCAUUAUACAUGGCAUCCUUGUGGAUAAAAAGCACGAAGCAGAGUGCCUACAUGACGAGGCUGGGGAUAGCGGUGUGGAAAAUAGUGAUCUUGAGUCUGAGCAUGGUGCUCAAGUGCACGAUGUUGCUACCUUAGAGAAUAGUGCAAGUUCAGAAUCUAUUGAUGAUGAUGAUGAUGAUGAUGAUAUUUUAGAUGCAGAUAAUAAAGAAGUUCAAGAGGGAAGUUUUGACAAUGAAAGUGACGAUUUUGAAAGUGAUGCUCACAGUGAUACGACUUCUGAAAAGGCAGAUGAAGAUAACACAAGUUUCGGAUGUGUAAAAGUUAUAGAUGAUGUUGAUUUUGACUUUCUUGAUGAAAAUGUGGCUACCAAAAGCAGUGAGGAACCCCAGAAGCCGCUUAGAGCACUCAUUGUAACACCGACUCGGGAACUUGCUAUUCAAAUCAAAAGCCAUUUAGCAGCAGUACUGGUCCAUACUGACAUUCAAACAGCUGUGAUUAUGGGUGGUGUGUCGCAUGAAAAGCAGGAACGUUUGCUUCGCCGUGGUCCCGAGAUUGUCAUUGGGACUCCUGGACGGCUUUGGGAAUUGAUAGAGCAAGGCAACAAACACCUCACACAGGUCCCAGAUGUUCGUUACCUGGCAAUAGAUGAAACGGAUCGUAUGGUUGAGCGUGGACACUUUCAAGAGUUAACACAACUCCUGGAAUUGAUAAAUAGUAACAAAGAGGCUAAAGAAAAGCGGCAGACCUUUGUUUUCUCUGCAACACUAUCGAUUGUUCACUCCGUUCCCAAGAGGAUAAACAUGAAGCGGAAGACAGUAAAAAUGACAUCUGAAUUGAAAAUCGACCAACUAGCCAAAAUUAUUGGAGUGAAGUCAAAUCCCAAGGUAGUUGAUGUUACUCGAAAGUUUGGAACAGCUGAGAGUCUGACAGAGGCAAGAAUUAACUGCAGCAAGGAGGAGAAAGACAUUUACUUGUACUACUUCCUUAAAUGUUACCCUGGUCGCACCCUAGUGUUUUGCAACAGUAUCGACUGUGUACGGAGGCUGCAGAACCUCUUCACUCUGCUUCAAUGUCAUCCACAGUCCCUCCAUGCUUCAAUGCAACAGAAACAGCGUCUUAAGAGUUUAGAGCGGUUUUCCAGUAACAAACAAGGCUUGCUAUUGGCCACAGAUGUUGCUGCACGUGGCCUGGAUAUACCAAACAUCAUGCAUGUUAUCCAUUAUCAAGUGCCACGGACGGCUGAGACAUACAUCCAUCGUAGUGGUCGUACUGCUCGAGCCUGCCAGGAGGGGCUAAGCAUUCUUCUGAUUGAGAUGGCAGAAAUAAAAAAGUAUCGUCAACUUUGUAAUACACUUAAUCGAGCAACGGAUUUGCCUCCAUUCCCUAUUGAUGCAAGUGUUAUGAGCCAGGUAAAGAAGAGGAUUAACUUGGCUCGCAUGGUAGAAAAAAUGGAACACACAAUUCGUAAAACUAAUGCUGAGAAGGACUGGUUCAGAAGAGCUGCAGAGGAGGCUGAAUUACUGAUCGAAUCAGAUGACUGUGACGAAGAUGAUGAACGGGAAAAUAGCAUGAAAGCUGCUCAAGAAAAACGUGAUCUUCAAAAUAAGCGUGAAUCACUAAUGAGAAUGCUUUCAAUGCCUUUUAUUCCAUUGGAUUUUUCGGGCAAGUACCCAACACACACAGGUUCUCUUAUCGUACCACAUAGAGUAAGUAUUGAGACCAAUGACAAGCUUGAAGAAAAUAGCAACUUGAAUUCAGCUUUGUCCGUCAUGAAGAAAGAAUCCAAAGAAUUUUUAAAGCUUGUGAAGAGUGUCAAAUUUAAGCCUAAAUUACAGAAAUUAAAUAAGAAAAAAUUUAAAGGCUUUGAAAAGAGAAAAUUGAAACUUCAAAAAGAAAGGGAAAAGUAUUUAAAAGAAAGUACAGAAGACGAUUGAGUAAGUGAAAUAUUAUUCAGAUGUUUACUCAAAUUUUGAUUAGUUUUUUUUUUGUUAAUUUUUUUCUGUAACAAGAGUGUUGUGAUGAAAAAUAUUUUGAAGGUAAAUAAAAAUAUGCAUUGUA